UCGCCGAAUUCUUGUACGCUCGUAUUCUUGCAAACGCUCGAUCAUGAGAGAAGCGAUAGAGACAUGGUCGGUCGUCCGGUUUUCGCGCUUGAAAUUGGUACUCUCGUUGCUGAUUUCGCCGAUUGCUUGUACUUGGUGUGCUUGACGCCGUCUUUGAACGAGAGGCAAGCUUCGUUUUUGGUACUUUGGUUCCGUAAUUCACUGAAUUUCUGUACCUGUUGAGCCGAUUUAUUUUUCCUAAUUCAUGAUGACGACACUGUUGCUCCGGCGGUCCACGUCUUAAAAGGAGAUGCGAGAUCAGUUAUUGGUUCACCGCAUUUCGGUCGUGCUACAAUCAAAGAGGAAGCGUGAGAAGAGGUUUCUUGCGUUUAGUAUAUAUGGCUGUAAGCUUUCAAGAUGCUUUGGCAUAUACUUGCUGCACUUUAUCGAAGUUCUGCGGGUGCGCCACUGUAGGCUUGGAACAGAACCUGGAGCAGUGUACUAUCUGAGGAGUUCAAAUGACACAGUUGUAAGGGUUGGAGAGUCAACGUCACGAAGCACACAUAACUUACAAUAUACCACUGAUGUGCCUUUCAUAAAGAAAUAUUCAGUUUUGUUUGAGCUUAGUGAGCAGUUCGCAUGGGGAAAAGAUGGAGACUUUGAAGACUGGUUGACUUCAAUUGUCAAUGCAAGGCCAAGGUUCAUUUAGCCUUUUUACCGUUCGGCUAAUGCUCUACCUGUUCUUCCAACUUCCCCUCAUGAUCACCACUGCUGUUGGUUUGUGGAUGUUGUCCAAAUCAGAGAGAAUAUGACAGUAGUAAGACUUUAAAUACCAUUUCAAUAGAUGAUUUUAAAGGU